AUGACUACUAGGCCUACAGAUGUGAACGAGAAGGUAUAUUUAUCUAUGAGCAACUUUUAUUUUGCUGUUUAAAUUGGUGAAAAUCUCGCUGGUCAUGCAACAUUUAUAUAUUUCCGAACUAAACUGCACAUUUUUUCACAAAUUAUUACUCUUAUCUUGACUUGCAGAGCAUUCAAACUCUGAGAGCACUCUACGGCAAAAAUAAGCCCUCAUCGAAAAAGAUUCAAGCAACUGAAAUGUUUAUGAAAGGGGAUAAUUCUUUUCUGGUAAUUGCGAGAGUCCUGAACGUUGCUACUGCCACAGCAGAAGUAUGUGCAAUCGACGGAUAUUGUUCUGGUGCCCCAUUAUCUUACCAAGACCUGGCACCACAAUUUAAUUUAAAUAAUGAAGAAGCAGAUAUUAUUGCUGCUGAGCUACGGAGAGACAACGUUAGCUUAAGAAUCGUGCGAGAUGCACUUCAAAAUGCUUUCAGUUACAACCAAAUUAGGCUUGUGCUAGCUGCAUUGAUUCGCGGGGAAAUAUGA